UGUGAUCAAUUUUACGUGUUUCGCAGGCCUGCACGAAUUUCAGUUUCUGAAGAGUCUUCAAUCUCACUACUCAUCCAUAUGUAAUGUUGCAGUGGAUCCUAAUGAAAACAUGCUACAAACAUUCAAGGGUAGAGUGGCUACAUUGAAAUUUGAUGACAAAUCUUCUUUCCAUUGGUUCCCUGGUCCGUUGUCACAAUUCCUUGCUGAAAGCCCCUUGGCGGGAAACAAGUACAAUCUCAUCAGCGCUAUACAUUCACUUUACUACACUGGUGACAUUGAGACGACCUUCACCCAUCUAGCAUCCCUGAUGAAAGACAAGGGUAUCAUGAUCAUCGUUUGUAAAACAUAUAACCUGAUCUCAAAAACAUUCCACAAGUUACCUUGGCUGACAGAAAGCACUCAAUCAAAUCAACAACUUUCUUCAAAGAAUGUUCGAGAGUUCGCACAAAGUCAAGGAUAUGAUGUCAUCACUGUCGAAAUACCUCUACUUUGGGACAUCACCGAAGUGUUUGAUGACCAGUCAGACUUUGGGAACAAACUCGUCGACUUCUUCACCAUGGCGGCGUACUUCCGGCAGACGGCGCCGGCUGAGGUGGUCGAUGAUUUGAUGAGCUUUUGGCGUUCCAUUUCGACCGAAAAUGAAAAUGGACGUAUGGUAACUCCAGCCACUGAAGAAAUACUUCUUAUCUCCAAAUAAUUCACUGCAGUCGUCUGCCAGAGCCCUUUAGAGUAUGUUGUUUAAAAUAUAAAGUAGGGCCCAUCAUCACAACUGCCUUUUACCAUGGGCUUGAUAGAUGGAUGCGACAUAUAUAUUUCCAUGUUUUACUGGCAGUUUAGAUAAGCGAGUUUAAAGGGACUUGGUAACAUUGUUCAGAUGAGAGAUAGUGCUGCUAAGGUAGUGACUUCAAUUCUAGAUGUACAAUUAAAGAUAAUCUGAAAAAUUGAGUGAAAUCGUCACAAAGCAAUACAAUUUGUUAUAGCCUGUUUUGUGUCUUUUUUUCUUGGAAAAACGGUUGGGAAAAUUCAAAAAUGGUUGGGAGAAUUUACUGUUAAUCACUG